AGCGCACACAAAGACGAGGGGCGCCAGGCUGCACCGGUUCCUGAGGUCGCUGCGCCCGAUGCGGCCGUCGUCGUAGAACCGCACCUCACCGAUCCACCACGUCCAUACAGCCCCCUCACCCUUGCCCGCCACGGUGGGUGAAUCGUCUCCAGAAAGAAGAGACUUGAGCUCCCGACGCCUCGUGGGGCCGGCUCCGGGUUUCUGUCCCUCUGUUGAAGUGGUUGAGGAAGGGUAGCCAUGUCCGACCGCAAGGCGGUGAUCAAGAACGCGGACAUGUCGGAGGAGAUGCAGCAGGACUCGGUGGAGUGCGCCACUCAGGCCCUGGAGAAGUAUAACAUCGAGAAGGACAUCGCGGCCCACAUCAAGAAGGAGUUCGACAAGAAGUACAACCCGACCUGGCACUGCAUCGUGGGGAGGAAUUUCGGCAGUUACGUGACGCAUGAGACGAAGCACUUCAUCUACUUCUACAUGGGCCAGGUGGCCAUCCUCCUGUUCAAGUCUGGUUAGAGCACGGACUGUGUCAGCGCCUCCUCAGCCAUCCAUCCCCAUCACAAGGACUGCAACCUAAAUUCCAAAUACCAGAGACUAAACCUUCAGCCUGGCCAUGGGAACACCACAAUCGUUAAGCCUUUAUUGUGUUGUUGUUGUAUAGGGCCUCCUGUGUACUAGUUUGUUGUGGUUAUAAAACGGUUAGCAAAACAGUUUAUAUUUGUAUUUAUUUUCUAUUCCACGCCCCGGCCUUGACCCCGCCUUCCCCCCCCCAUCUUGCCCCCCCCCAACAAA